GUUUAUAAAAUUAAUAGCCUAUCUCAUUUAAAUUCAAUCAUAAUAGAGUUGUACAUUUUAAUGAUUUGAUAUUGCAUUUUGUUUGUAACAGUUUAUUGUUUCUUUCUUUCUAUUGUUGUUGCUUUUCUUGACAAAAAACAUUUAUUUUAUGUAGGCUAUACCGGUAACCAAUAUUAAGUUACCUAACUCAGAAUUAAUUAAAAUAUAGCCUACCUACUCUGGAGUACGCCCAAGUUAUUUAUUCACAUAUUUUAUUUGUUUGGAAUUAAUAAGCUUAGUUAUGAUUUUGAAAUAUACAUUGUUUACACUGACAGUUUCAGUAGUUCCACUCUUUAUUAUAUUAAAAGAUGCAAAAUCCUUCAAUUUUAUUCCUAAAGUAAUCCUGGACAGCGUAUCAGUAGUUAAUUCUGAAUCCUUUAACCAAUUAUUAGCAUCUGGUAUCUUCACAUACUUCACAGCCAUUGGUGUAAUAAAAUCAGAGGAAACUGAUAGUGCCUCUAACUCUUUGUUUACGGAAGAAGAAAUUAAACAGUUUAACGGAAUCAGUAAAGAUAAACGACUUUACCUCGCAAUAUUAGGCAACGUAUUCGACGUUUCAAAAGCUGCCAAAUAUUAUGGGCCUGGUGAGACGUACAAUGCAUUUACAGGUCGGGAUGGAAGUCGUGCCUUUGUCACAGGAGAUUUCACUGAGAGUGGUCUCACUGAUGAUGUUGAAGGAUUGACUUUACAAGAACUUCGCAGUUUAAAUGAUUGGGUGAAAUUUUAUUUCAAAGAAUAUACUUACAAAGGAAAGCUUGUUGGAAGGUAUUAUGACAAAACUGGGAAUCCGACAGGCUAUCUUCACAAACUACAGCUGAAACUAGAAGAAGCAGAUCGGGAUGAGAAAGAUAAGAAUAAAUACAAGCUGAUGUAUCCGCCUUGCAACGUAGAGUGGACUCCCGAGGAGGGCAGUCGAGUGUGGUGCUCUAAACGGAGUGGUGGAAUAGAGCGAGACUGGAUUGGUGUACCAAGAAAGUUUUAUGAACCUGGAGGCAGUUCUUAUCGAUGUGCUUGCGUUAACAAUGCUGAUCUUCCUCAAGUUAUAUCACCUGAAACAGGGAAAGUCAGAUCAAAGAACAUCGAAGAAUACGAGGACUGUCAUCCUAAAUCUAGCAGUUGUUUUGUGGAUGCAGACUAAUUUGUUUAGUUCUUACACAACUAGAUUGAAUAAUUCUUAGUUUUAUUAAUAGCUUUGUAAGCUUAAAGACCAUGCUGUAUCAACCCACGGAAAAAAGGGGAGAGUCGUGAACACGAUAACUUGUGUAAUGUUUGUCCGAUUUUGAUGAAAUUUGGUUUCAAGGUGUAAGGCGGGAUAAACUUGAAUGAGUUUGCGAACCAGCAUGAUCGGACCAUGGAAACGGAGUUUUACGGGGGGUUUUAUAGGGUAAAAAUUGGGUUUUCUCAUUUUUGACCAUAAAAAAAAGUUUUCAAAUUUCUCUCUUGACCAUUUUAAAGAGCUUAAAAAGACAAAUAAUUUAGUAUAUCAAAGUGUUUUUGUAUGGUUUUUGGUAACGGAUGAAAUUCCAAAAAUUGUUAAUUUGAAAUUCCCAUAUUAUUCUUAUGGAGAAUAUUGUAAAAUCUUGUAGUUUGCUUGUUUAUGGAUAUAUUUUGAUCAAACUUGGCAAAUUGAUUUAUUUUAUACUGUACUGAGCUAUUAAUAUUUUACUAAAAAACACAUUUUAUUAGUUUCCUUGUAGCAGCAAACCUAUUUACUCGUUAAAACAAAUGUUAUUUAAAUCCAUUUAAUUGAAAAUUAAUUCAGACAAAUGGAAAUUCAAAGUCUGCAGGUUUGCUGCGGCAAGGGUAUUUUACCUUUUUACGCUCCUUUCACACUAUACAUUUUUCGCAGUCCGGUUAAAAAUUGUAACGGGAAUUUUAUUAGUACUGUUAUGAAGAGCAUGAGAGCUUUCGCAGUACAUGGCUCUGCGAAGGCAGAGGACCAUGCUGGAAGUCUUGCAGCCGUCCAUUUCCACUGAACCGGAAGGUUGUCGCAAUGUGUCCAUGGAUGUAGUGGCAUGAGUGCCUUUACACUGUUCGGUGUUUUUAUUCGGGCAGGAGCCAGGCCCCACUAGAAAAACAUGCUGCAGUACGGGCAGCGCAACACUACGUCACAGUGGUGGAUAGUUGUACUAAACUCUUACCAUUAAAAUCUUAAAACAAACAGCUUGUUUAUUUACCUAAUAUAUAUGGGAAUGGCGAUGGCAAUGAAUUUAUCAAUGAAAUCUAUCCACUAGUGUGACGUCAUGGAUCCUGCAGCAUGGCCUGUUUUUUCUAGUGGGGCCUUGGCAGGAGCCUGCCAGCCCUUGUCAAUUGGCUUUGUUCAUGUUUUUGUGUGUUGUGUGUAUCAGUUCAUCAUUUUCACAUUUUGAUAUUAUUAGCUGUUUAAUAAUAACAGAUGCUUGUUAUUAACCUAAAUAAAUUCAAACCAGUGUAUAAAACUUCUUACAAAGAUAAGAUUUUAAAAAGAACAUCUGACGAGAUUUACUCAUUUUAAAACUGCCAAAUUCUUCUCUCUUAGAGUUUAUUGUAUGCACCCAUUAAAGAUGAUCCCUCACAUAGUUUUUACCAUGUCGAAGAAAUUGCCACAAUGCCAAAAGUUGUAAACUUGUAAACAUUGCUUUUGGCCAGGGCCGGAUUUCCCAAUAGGCCCGGUAGGCCCGGGCCUAUGGGCGCAAGGUCCCAGAGAGCGCACGGCUGAGAGGAUUUUUUUUAUAUAUCUAAAAAUAAAAAUAAAUAGUCUUAGUUGAUAAAAAAUAUGCUUAAUACAGAGUUGUGAUUCUGAAGUUCAUAAAAAGAAAUAAUCGUUAGGAAAUUUAAACUAUUUUUCAGAAUAACGCAUCAUUUCGUUACACAAUUGGUAACGAACCUUGGUUAAACGGGAGUAAGCUGCAGGGAUGUUGACGUUGACGAGCGCCCAAGGGGUACGCAUCGUAUUGCCACUGCACUGCCACUCGGUACUACCGAUUACAGUGAUUAGGGGCGCAUGCGUGCUAGACAUUGUUAACACCCUCACCUCACAAAACAGUUAUUAACUAAUCUUUUGAUUAGUUUACAACAAUCUGCAGGAUCAAGUUAAAAUAUAUAAUAGCAAUAUUAAAUUUAAUAUAUUACGUUGUGAAUGUUAAAACAACGAUGAAUUUACCUUUAAAAUUUACAAAAAAAUAUUAAUCUCAGUUUGCAUUAGAUAUUAGAAAAAAUCAAUAUCCUCCAAAGCACCAUAAAUGCUGUAAUUUUCUCCUCAGACCUAAGGAUCGGUAUGGCUGGCCGGAAUAUUCUGUUUUGCUUUGGAAAUAUAACCUAGAUGCAGUACAACCAUAGAUUAAAUAUAACCAUUGACUAUUGGAUACAGAAGUCUAUAAUACUAUUGUAUUAAUAGUCAAAGAUAUAACACAAGUCGACUUAUUAUGGCAUUGUUAAUUCAAAUUUUGUUCAUGUCUAGUUAAUUUUGGUGACACUGGACGUCAGUUUUGACGAAUUUUUGUUUUUGUUAUUUUAAUGUUAGUUCUAUGAUGUGUGUUUUAAUUUCUUGUAAUAUAAACAGGAGACGACCUAUUCAUUGUUAAUGAUUAGAUUGUUUUAUUUUGGAUAAACUAGGUUCAAAUAAAAUACAUAAAACAUACUCCUUAAAUAACAAGAAUUGUUUUCAGCUAGGCUAAUCCAAAACGAUGACAAAUCAACUAAAGCAGUAUGUUUAAUCUAUGGUAUCACGUACUGUAUGGAGUUCAUGUUUUUGAGCCUGGAAUUGGAAUCAAUUCAAUGUUUUUUUUGCAGGAAUGCUCGGUGGGUUGAGUUUUUUGUUUCAGUCCCACGGCCACGAACGUGAGCAUUUAUUAAAGGCAUAAAAUUGCAAAAAGUGUUUAAAUCGGCAUUUUGUUAAGGCUGUAAAAAAAAAACUUGCAAUGAUUACGACGAGGAGUGGUAUUCAAGCAAUUAACUUAGGCCUAUGGGCAUGAUAUAGUUUUUAAUAAAGGUUUGAAGGAAAUUAACUGUGACCAGACUAGGGGGCGGAAAAUUAUUUGGGCCUAGGGGCGCAAAAAUGCUGAAUCCGGCCCUGCUUUUGGCGAACUGAAAUUCGCUUACACAUUUAUCUCGCCAUAACGGUCAAAAACCAUAGUGUGAUAGAAACAUAGACAUAGUAGAGGCUUCUCACUGGGCGGCAAACCGUAUAGUGUGUAAGGAGCGGAAUUGUAACAGCGUGUAACACUGUCAGAAAGGCACAAGGAGACCCUUUUCUGAUUUACAUACUACAGUCCAACCUCAGUAUAAC